UAAUUUCCUCCUAAAGCUGACGUAUAGCGAGGUUGUGAGCCGCAGUCAAAAUGCCGCGACGCAGACCCAACUCCUGCUCUUUUGCGGUCUAGCCGUUAACGGAUUUGAAUAUGGAGCUCCCACCUGCGUCAAGCCUUGGCUGGACGUUCAGGCCAUCUGCCUUUGGACAGCCGAGGCUGGUGACAGCCGAACCCAGCUCGGCACGCGCGGGCACUGAGCAACCACCAGAAAUUCAAGCCUACAGAAUGCCGGCGAACUCAACGCCCUCGCCGUGGGGUGGUCACCGCUGGGCUGGCGAUGCUGGUGACGCGAAAAUCGUGCAUCGAUUAACAGAGACUCUCCCACCGCAAGCAGCGUCUGAACACAGCUUUGCGAGCAGCGGAUACCAGGGACAGGAUGCGCAUCCAGCGAUGGGACCAUCACCGACCUGCGCGGCAAGCGGUGCAAGCGGCUCCGAGCACGGCACUCACCUAGGAUGGCAGACGCUGCCGCCCAGCACUGACUUCGAGCGCCUUCAGCGCAAGUACUCGGAGCUCCGGGAGGCGUUGGACGCCGCGCAGCGGCGGGCCGCGGGGGCGGCGCAGCAGGCGGAGGACACCACGGCGCACGUGGCUGCGCUGCAGCGCGACAACUGGGGACUGGGCGCGGAGGUGGAGGCGCUGAGGCGGGAUGUGGCGCUGCUAGGGGGCAACCUGCAGGGCCGGCUGGCGCUGGCACAGGGCUCGGUGGUGGCGGAGCUGCAGUCGGACCUUACGGCGAGACUGGGACAGAUUGGGCUGCUUCAGCAAGAAGUGACCACGCUGGCCGGGCGGCUGGCGGCGGCGGAGCGGGACGCGACGGCGGCGCUGGAGGCGGCGGCGGCGGAGCGGGAGCGGCUGGCAUCCGAGCUGGGCGCUGCACGGCUGAUGGCCACUGCCCGCGGCCGCGGUGGUGAGGAGCUGCAGGCGCAGCUGCAGCAGGUCCAGCAGGCGGCUGCGUCUGAAGCAGCGGCUCUGCAUGCUCAACUUGAUGUGGUCACGAAGCGUGCCGAGGCAGCUGAGGCGAAGCUGGCAAACGCAGAGGCGGCGGCGGCGCGGCAGCAGGAGGCGGCGGCAGCAGCUCAAGCGGCAGCUGUCGAGGCGGAGGCGGCGCGGGGGCGGCUGGCGGCAGCGCUGGCGGCGGUGGAGGUUGACGGGCGGGAGCUGGCGGCGGCGAAUGAGUGCUUGCAGGCCGCGCUGGAGGAGCACGUGGACUUGGAGGUGGCGGCUGGCGGUGGCGGGGGCCAGGCGCUUCUGCGGCUGCAUGCGGAGCUUCGCCGAGUGCAGGCUGACGCGUCGGAGGAGCGGCGACGCCUGCAGGAGGAGGCCGCGACGGCACGGACGGAGGCACGGACGGCAGCGCACCAGGUGUCGUACUUGCAGGAACUGCUACAGCUCAAGCAGCAGCACGGCGAGGCAGCUGCAGCAGCCGGCGGUCCCGGCUUUGGCGCCGGCAGCGGCACCUUCGCGUCUGCCCAGGUGGCCCCGGUGGCCGCAACCCAGGCUGCUUCCAGCACUGGCGCAGCCAGCAUUGGGGCCCUGAGCGCGGCGUCAACCCCAGGUGGCAGCGGUUUCGGCUUCGGCAGUAGCACCAGCGCAAGCGGCGAGGGCGGCAGUAGCAACGGCACAGGCGCCUGCAGCACCUGCGGUCGCAGUGACGGAGCAGAGCCACCGCAGCAGCAGCAGCAGGGGCCGCCGCAGCAGCAGGGGCGGCUGGGCUGGCCGGCGAGGGUGGCGGAGCUUGUGCGGAGUGUGCAGUGCCUGGAAGAGCGGCUGGGGCAGGAGCAGGACCGCUGUGAGGGGCUGCAGCGGCUGGUAUCGGCACUGCAGGAGCAGCUGGCGGCGGCGCACAGCGGCGGCGGCGGCAGCGGCCCCGUCUGCUACAGCCACGGCGGUGGGCAGUGCUACAGCCAGGACGGCCAGCAGCACGGCGGUGGCGCGAGGCCCCGUGAAGGCAACGGCGUUGGCGGCUUUGCGAGAGGGGCCGGGCGGGGUCUGCAGGUGGACGUCGGCGGGCACUGUGACGGCGGCGGGUUGGAGGCCGGAGGCGGCUUUGGCGGGUGCAGCGCCGAGCCCUCACAGAGCGCCUUCAGUGACUUUGGCGCAGUGGCCACUCCCAGCGGCGCGGCGCCUCAAGGCGGCGCCAGCCGCCGCCACACGGGGGAAAGCACGGGCGGGGACGUGGGCUGGAGCCGCGGCAGUGACGAUGAAGGCACGGAGGGCGGCGAUGGUGACGGCGGCGAGGAGGCAGAGGCCGGCGGGACACCGCUGGGACCUGACGCCGCCCGGUCGCUGGCGCAUGCGCUGUUCAGCGACGAUGACGAUGACCAGGGUGGCGAGGGGGUUAUUGAGCUGAGGGCGCAGAUGGUCGGGCGUGAUGACGAGCAUGGGGCCACACACGAACGACAGCAGCCGGGCGCAGCCGUAGCUGCAGCGGCGGCGGCCUCUGGUUCCCGCGGGCCUUCGGGCCUGGGCUCGCCUCCGGGCCAAGCAGCGGGCGGCUUUGGCCGGGGUAACGGCGGGCUUGAGGCGCGCCGGGCUGCUACAGCCGAGUCGGCGGCGCAGACGGAUGAGCACAUGCCCGGCUCUGCUACUGCCGCCACAGCGGCGGCGGCAGCUGCUACAGCCGCCGCGACGGGCGCGCUGCUGGGGGCGGCGCGCGAGGAGAUCGAGCGUCUGAAGGAGUUGAAUGCCAAGUUGGCGGCCGCCAAAGACCCGCGGCGCUACAUUGCAGUGGAAGACGUGCGGUCGGCGUUGGCGGAGGUGCGCGAGGCGGCCCGGCGCCAGGCCGACGAGGCUCUGGCCGCUGCGGCUGCGUCGGCCGCGGGCCGCUAUGAGGCGCUGUCGGCGGCGCAUGCGGCGCUGCAGGCGGAGGCGGAGGCGCUACGGGGGCGGCUGGAGGCGGCACAGUGUGAUGUGGACGACCGUGUGGCAAAGCUGCAGCGGGCCGCGGACGAGGCGGGAGAGCAGCUGGAGGCAGCGCGGGAGCGGGCGGAGCGGCUGGCAGAGCAGCUGGCGCAGGCUCGGGGCGACGCGGAGGCUGACGUGGCGGCGGCGGUGAUGGACGCCCACGCCGCGGCCGCCGCCUCCACCGGGCGGCAGCUGGCGGCACUGCGGCAGCAGCUGGCGGCGGAGGCGGCGGCAGCGGAGGCGCAGCUGGCGGCGCGGCUGGAAGACGAGAAGGCGGCGGCGCUGGCGGCGCUCCGGAGGGAGCUGGAGGCGGCGCAUGCGGAGGAGCGGCGGCAGUGGCAGUUACAGCUGCAGGAGCUACGGGACCUGGCUGUAGCGGAGGCUACUGCGGCUGCAGCUGUGCAGCAGGCUACAGCCGCCGCCGCCGCCGAGGCCUCUGCAGGGGCUGCUGUUGGGCGUCAGGAGGCGGAAGCGGAGGAGCAGGAGGAGAGAAUGGCGGGCGCGCUGGCGGCCUUGCGUCAGCGGCUUGAGGCCCAGCAUGCAGCGGAGCUGGAGGGGCUGCGGGCGGCACUCCAGGCUGAGCACGCGGCGGCGGUGGAGUCCCUGCGGGCCCACCUGUCAGCGCAUGCGCAGGAGGCGGCAGCAAAGGCGGCAGCAGAGGCGACAGCCGCCGCGGCCGCCGCGGCCGUCACCGCGGAGGCGGGUGGUGUGGGCCUGCCGGGAGGAGGGGGUGGCAGUGACGUUGGGAAGGCUGGCGGCGAGGCGGCGCAGGCUGAGUUGCAACGGCUGCGAGAGGCGCUGCAGGCGGCGCAUGCGGAGGAGCUGUCGUCGCUGUUAGGGCGGCACGCGGCGGAGGUGGCGGCGCUGCAGGAGCGGCUGGCGGCGGCGGCGGCGCGGCACGCAGCGGAGCUGGAGGCGGCGGUAGCCGCGGCGCAGGGCGCGGCGGAGGCGCGGUUGGCGAUGGCUGUGGCGGAGGUGGAGGCUGCCGCGGCGAAGCGGGAGGAGGAGAUGCAGGACCUGCGGUCUGAGGCCGAGGCACUGCGGGAGGCGGUGCGGGAGCUGGAGUCGCAGCUGCUGCAGCUGAGCGCCUGCGACGCGGCUGAAGCGGAAGCGCAGGCAGCCCAGGAGGAGGAGGCGCAGCAGCUUCAGCAGACGCAGCAGGCGCACCAUGCCCAGGGUCAGGAGCAGCAUUCAACGCAGGAGCGGGAGCAGCAGGAGCAGGAGCAGGGGCGGAGCCACCGGCAGCAGCUGAAGCGCACGGCAGAGGAGGCGGACGCGUUGAGGCGCUCGGCGGAGUGGAUGGAGGCUCAGGUGGAGCGGCUGCAGCGGCUGCAGGCGCAUCGACAAGCGCAGGAGGACCAGGAGGAUAAGAUCGCUGCGCUGGAGGAUGCGCUCUGUCGACAGCAGGCCGAGCUGCAGCGGCUGGCGGCAGCGUUGGCGGCGGCGGGCGCGCAGCACGAGGCCAAGCUAACCGCCGUACGGCGGCAGCACGCCGCCGAGGUGGCUGAGCUAACGGAAACGUACGACGCCUCGUACAAGGAGCGGUUGGCGGCGGCGGCGGUUGCGCUGCGGGACGCGCACCAGGGCGAGUUGCGGCGGGUGGCGGCGGUGAUGGGUGCGGAAACGGCGGCUGCGGCGGCGGCGCUGCGCGACCAGCUGGCGGCGGAUGCGAUGGCGCAGGUGGCGGCGGCCACAGCCGUCCUGCAACACCACCACCAGCACCAAGAGUACCAGCAAUACCAACAGCAGCACCAGCAGCAGCAACAACAUGCGGCGCAGGUGCAAAGGCAGGCAGCAGCAGUGGCAACAGGGCCCCUGGGUGACCGGACCAACGCCCAGCAGCAACAGCAGCAGCAGUCAAACGGUGGCGGCGGUGGCGGCGGCAAGGCGGGGGCGGGGGCUCCCAGUGGCUUUGGCGGCCUGCAGCCCGCGCUGCCGCUGCACAACAACCACCGCGCGCCCGCCGCAGCUGCCUCAACUGCUGGGUACGACGACGCGUACGGUAACGGUUACCCAUACGGUUACGACGACGACCACGUACAGCUAGCGUCGGCGCGGGACUCGUGGGUGGAUGCGCAGCCCUCCUCCGCCUCCUUCGCCAGUCAACGAGGUCAGCGUGGCGCGGGCGGCUUCGGCCCGGCCAGCAACGGCGGCAACGGUGCCUCCUGCGCAACCGACGGUUGGCCGUUGCCGCAACCGCCGCCGCCCGAGCGAUGCGCAUCGCCCACUCUGGAGGAGGACAGCUUUGUGAGCGGCACGGGGGGAGGCACAGGCCGUACGUCAGAAAUGUACGGAGGGCGCGGCGGGGGCCGCGGCAACGGGGGCGCGUCAGCAGGGGGUGCUGGACCCGCGGGCGGAGGUCGUCGUGGCCCACUCGCAGCUUCGGCGGCGUCGGGGCUUGAGCGGCUGGCAGCACAAGCACCGCGGCCAUCCGCGGGGUGCGUGGCCAGCGGAGGUGCCGUCGGGCGAGCCGGUUUAGCCAGUGCGUCCACAAGCGCGCUGCUGCCUGCUAGCUUCUCUGGUGGCGGCGGCGCUGGCGCUGGGGCGGGGGUGGCUGCCGGCACUAGCUACUACAGCAGCCGCACGACACGCGCCAGUAGUGGCGACGGAGCUGGCGGGUUCGCCUCUCGCAGCCACCAGGCGGCGGCCCCGGCCGGGACCCGCAGCUACGGAGGCGGCGGCGCUGCUACUGGCGCCAGCAGCGGCGGCGGCCACGCGGCUGGUGCUGCUGGUGCUGCUGGUGCUGGUGCUGUUGGUGUUGGUGCUGGUGCUGCUGCUGGUGCUGGUGGCGGUGCUGCUGCUGGUGCUGGUGCUGCUGGUGGCGGUGGCGGUGGUGUGCUGGACAGCCUGUUGGGUCGGGCGCUGCUGUCCAGCCGGGAGCACCGGCACCGCAGCCUGGCGCAGGAGGCGGAGGCGGCGCGGCACGCCGGCGUGGCGGCCAGCCAUGAGGCCCGGCUGGCGGAGCUCAGGAGCGAGCGGCUGGCGACAGGGGCCACGUCAGCGGCGGCCGGGCCGGCGGCUGGCGGCACCAUGCAGCAGCAGCAGCAGCAGCAGGCCAUUAUUGGAGUGAGGCGGAGUGGCGGGGCGCCGCCGUCAGCAUGGCAUAGCCAGCACGAGACCGCGGCUGCGGCUGCCGGGGCGGGGGCGGGGGCGGGGCCGGCUUCAAGGCCCGCCUCCACGACGGCGACGGUGGCCAUGGUGGCACAGCUGAGAAGCAGUCUGGAUGAGCAGCUGCGGGCGGCGGGGCUGCCUGUGCCGCGGCUGCCCGCCGCGCCUGCUACUGCCAGGGGGAGCGGACGAGGCGAGGGCAGCAGCUCAGGCGGUGGGGGUGGCGGUGGCGGUGGUGCGCAACGCGAUGGUGUGGCGGCUCAGCAGCAGCCCGCGGUGGGCAGGUCGGCAGUGAUGUCAGUGCCGGCCACAGCCGGAGACGUGCCGCCGCCUCUGGGGAUGUCGUUGAGCCUGUCUGACCUCAGUGCUGCAGCUACUGCCAGUGGCAAGGGCGGUGGAGGCGCGGCGAGCAGCGGUAGCCGAUUUUUGUAGUGGGUGGAAUGGGAAGCGCACGUAUGUGCAUGUUGCGGUAUGGAGUUGCACGUUGUGCGGUGCGGGACAGGCGGACAGCUUGGACGGGGCCACGGAGUCACGGAUGCUGGACCGAGAUGAUAAUAUUGUUGAAGAAGAAUGCAUGACGGCACAGCCACCUUCCUGACUGGACAUCGCAUUUUACCACAAGCCGACUGCAGGAUGCAACUCUGACAAACGGCGUGGCAAGGGCCAUGGCCAUAUCGUAUUGUGUGAAUCUUGCUUGGAGCACUGCAAUGGAAGCCGUGUAAAAGGCUAGCGGG